UCUCCGUCAGUCGUGUUCACGGCGCCAACCCGAUCGCACGCGCGGCUUCCAUUUGACCGGCCGGCUCGCAAAUAAUGCAGUGUUUGAAAAACUCAAUCGGAGGUCUCGGAAGAAGUACCGUAUUUAAUUUACACUGUAUAACCAACCGCAUAUUCUCAGUGAGUGUUACGCAGUGUGUAAGGAAAAAACUUUGUCGAAGAUUCUGAAGAAUCUUGUGUAAAAUUGUGUAAUUCGCCGGCUGCGGCCGGAUUGCGUUUUGCACAAACUUUUUGACGGUGUGCGUUGAUCCCAUCGCGCGCAUCGUCGUGUGAUAAGUGGGCCCUGUGAUAUCGACGAGUUCGUCUUAGCUUUAAAACUAGUUAGUCUUAGAAAUAAUAUUUAAAAUGUCAGCGGCAAUGGACGCCCAGAUAUUUCAAUUCGACUUAUGGGAGACUCUAGAUGAGGAGUCGAUGGAGCUGACACAGACGUCUGAAUUCUGGAAUCAAGUCCAAUCUGAGGUCGAGAGGCUGGACUUGGUUCCGCCGGCCGACUCUCAAGAACUCCAAGAGAGUGAUGUAGACUGGAGGAUCAUGGACGCGCCUGAAGAGCCACAUAAGGAGAACAUAGUCCAUCACGAUUGCAUGUGGGCGGGGUCCUGCAUCGAUUCUGUGCACCCGAGCAACACAUUUGUGCCGACAGAUUUAAUAUCAACGACACCAGGACAGAGUUUGCUCCGGCGAGACAUGUCCCCGGCUCGGCCAGAGACCCCGCCGUCCUUGGACGGGGACGAACCUCCACAGUUCCGUCACGCGGUGGACGUGGCUGGCACAGCACUUCGCCUCCUCAGAGAUUCAGCCGCGGUUGCUGCUGAUCACUCUUACACCCUCGCUCGGCAACAAUUUGACAACCUUGGCGUACAAACACCUUCAGAUUCCUGCGAAUCAGAGGAAGAAAUUGACGUGGUAUCUCUGGGCACGACGACACAGCAACCGCUAACGCCCGCGGCCCACGUGCGCACGGAGUCCCUGCCGCGUACGCCGUCAGCACAGGAGCGCCAGCACAUCCAGCGCACUAUCACCACGGCCAUCUCCCCGCGGCCGGCCGCCCGCAAGCGCCUGGUGCCGCCGCCCUCCCUCGUGCAGUCCUCCAGCUCGCGCCGCCGCACGCGUGGCCCCGGCCGCCGCGGCCGCCGCUCCAACACCGACACCGACUCCGAAGCAGAGUCUCCCGAGAUCGAACGCCGCUCGAUUCACAACGAUAUGGAGCGCCUCAGACGUAUCGGCCUCAAAAACCUUUUCGAUGAACUCAAAAAACAAAUUCCCGCGACCAGAGACAAGGAGCGCGCGCCCAAAGUAGUGAUCCUGAGGGAGGCCGCCGCCCUGUGCCGCAAGUUGCGCGACGAGGAGAUCGAGCGCGAGCACCUCAAGAAGCAGCAGAACAAACUGGCCACUAAGUUGAAAAAGCUCCGUACGGUACUGGCGCGCAACCGCCCGUACUGAGCCGCCGGAUCCGCGUGAUUGGUAAUUGUUAUGUUCCGAGAGAGGAACUCCCUAACCUACUCGACGUCGCACUUGUAAUAGUUAUACUCUAAGUCGCUUCCGAACGUUUAGUGAACGUUUGACGGUACGUCAAUUCGUACGUCUACGAAGAGAACGAUCAAAGUUGAUACCGCCUUCCUUCGUGGUCGUAUCGAGUUGCCGAGCCAGGUCUUUCAAAGUGCUCUCAGUCGGCAGGUUAAUAUUUCAAUUUGAAAAGUCAGCUUUUACGGCUUACUCUGCUUCUGUGGGUAUGUAGUUGUACUAGUAGGGGUGUAGUUGAAGCAAUAACGUGGGUUUGUUUUGCUCAAGCGAUAUUUUGCAGUGCCAAAGUGAGCCAUAAAGCUGUUUUAACGAUAAAAAAUCCUAGGUCUUCAGUAAAAUAUCUUAAUAGUUACAGACUGCUUCGUGAACUAGUAGACUGGUUAUACCUCUGAAAAAGUUUUUGAAUUAUCAUUAAAGUAUUCAUAGUUGACAAACCGCGUACAGAUUUACUCCCUGUUGACAAAUGAAAAAAUAUGACAUUUAUGUAUUGUUUUGAAAGGUAAUGAAGAUUUUUUACUGGACCUUCCCUGAACGAGUUUGUCAAUGCUGUAAAUAUAAGAGGGGAGCGAGGGUAGUCCUGAAUUUAUUAAUUAGUUGGCUGAUAUGGCUGUUGAUGGUUUUAUGGAAUGUUCUGGAAUGUUGGCCCCUAUAUAUGUUUUCGGCCCGAUUCGGUGGAUUUUCUAUUUUAAUCCCGUCUUACGUACAUAAUCGCAAGACCGGGGUAGUGAUAUACAACAUUGUUUUAACUUGAUAUUAUUAUAAGUUUAAACUACAUUUUAUAGGUUAGUUCGCUUACGGUUUUUUGUAGUGUUUUGUUUUUUUUUUUGUAAAAUUUAACACUAAUGUUUUUUUUACAUAUAGUCGCGCAAUUAACUUGUUUCACUAUUUUAACUUGAGAAUUUUUCGACAUAUUGGACCAGUUUUUAAACAGAAUAUUGUAACCAUAAUGUACAAUAAUACAUUGCACGGACAGCUUACACUUAUCAUAUUGUCUAAUAUGUAAAUUUUGUCAUGUACAAUGGACCUUUUCUUAGAAUGCGCGGGCGAAUGGCGGGAACUCUCAGUUUGUUUUUUCGAGUUUGGAUCGAGUUCAAAAGUAAAAAGUUUUACACGCCACAGCGACCGUGUCGCCUUCUCAUUCUAGGAAAGGAUAGUAUGCACUUACAUAUUUGUAUGAAUAUUGCAUAUAUCGUUACGUCGCUUAGUGUAAUAUAUUUUUUAAUUUAUUCGCCUCUUGGGAAUAAAAUGGACGCAAAUUAAGAUGAUUUAUUAUAAUAAAAUUACACACAUGUAAAAUUAAAUGUCCAGUUGACGUACUAAAUACAGUGAAAAUAAAAUAAAAUCUCAGUGACUGAAAUAGUGUCUGAUUAUAAAUAGACUGUGUAUUUUGAUAACAACAUCAAAAUCUAUAGAAUCAAAAUAGCCUUAAAAGGUUAAUAAAAAAAAAUAACCACGAAAUAGUUCCUCAUAGUACCUACUAAUAGUAAAUUUUGCAUUUUCUUUAUUAUAUUUUUUAAUGCAGUAAGUUAGUGAUGUACUCGCGAUAGUUCGUAACGUUGAUAUUUGAAGCCUGACCAAAAAGAACGUACCCAUGUGUUGGAAAGAAAAAAUGCAAUCUCAAAUAAAUUUUAAAAGUCGAUAUCUCCAUUGCAGAUUUUUGAUCAGGCUUUCACAUAGAGGUUGAUGUUUUAUCAAGCACAUGGUCAACAGUUUCGUACGUUCGAAGGCUUUAAUUGUGUGCGGAAUGUGCCUUGCUAUGUACAUAUACAUAUAGAUAAUUAGGUUUACUUUAUACUCGAAUUAGUUGCAAGAAAUAUUUUUUUGUGAGAAAUAUUAUGUAGGGAUAGCGUUGUUCUAAGUAGCGGUACACAUGGAGUUUUAUAGAUAUCGUGUUAAAGAUUCGCAGUUUAUCUUCCACUAGGCGUAACAUGUACAUAAUAGGAAUAGGACAUAGGUGUAUGUCAACUUUUUUAUAAACGAGUUUUUUUCUAGUAAUUGUUUAGUUUUUCUUAACUGGAGAGUUACGAAUUCUCGAAUUUUGUACCUGCAUUUAAUUUUUUUGUUAAUCUUAUCUUGACAUAAAUAAUAAAGAUAAAUAAUGAUUUAGUUAUCCAAAAGUGAAAUUGGUUUCUUAUUGUGAUUAAAAUUGAAAGGAUUUCACGUAAGAAAAAGUCAGUAGGUAACGGUUAUUAUGUAAGGGAUGACAGCUUUAUACUCUAGACAGAUCGAGGUAAAAGUAAAGGAAAAAUAUUCAGCACAUAAUCUGACAAGGCACAUUUCCACCACUGCCAAAUGCAAAAUAAAUGCAAAAAAGUUUUUUACAUAGCAAUUUGUUUUGUAAAUUUUUAUAAAUAAGGUCGGGAUGAUUAAUUAAGUCAUGUUAUAGUUUGAUUUUUAUUAUUUUUUCUUUGUAUAGUAUCCGUAUUGUAAGAGUAACACCCAGCCGCCGCCGAUGGUGUGGGACCAGUCGAAGGUUGAAUGUUUUACUAGUUCGAUUGGUAUAUUGUAUUGUGUGCAUGCGAAGGGCGCGGCGGCGGCUGCGCGGGCGCCGCCACAGAGACUGUAGGGCGCAACAUAGAUUCCGCCUAAUAUUAAUAUUGCCCUCUGCAAUCUUUGAAGCGGCGUUAAAAGGACAUGUGUACUUACCACGUCUAUUUUUUGGAUACUAUUAUUAUGAGAAGAAAGUUUUUGGUUUUUGUUCCUUAAUUAUUGUAUCGAAAACAUUAAGAUAAUCAUUAAAUAUAAAUAAAGUAUGAAGUCGUUUCCAGGCAGAGCUAUGAAGCAGUUGGCUAGUUGAUUGUGAUUUAUAUAGUUUUCGGUGUAAACGGGGGUUCGGCUUAUAAAUUAGUGUUUGAUUCUGUGAUUAUAACGUACCUCUAAGGUAUUGAGGGGGAAUGUUUCGAAAACUCUGGCUGGUAC